CUCUUGAUAAAAGAAUCCAAAGGGGAGGGAAAAAAGAAGAAGAAGAAGUUAACAAUCAUGGGGAGCUCAAAUGAUUUGCGGAUUUUGGAGAUUACGGUGAUUUCUGGGGAGGAUCUACGUAUAAAUCGAAAACAACCAGUCAAGAAAAACGCCUUUGUGACCAUCAAAACCGACUCGUUUAAGGAGCAAACGACGAAGAUGGAUAAAGAUGGAGGCGGCUAUCCUGCAUGGGAUGAGAAGUUCGUGAUGGACAUGCCCAUGCAUGCACGUUAUUUCACGGCGGAAGUUCGAUGCAAGACUGCUGCCGGAAGCAGAAUUGUUGGGACGACUGUGAUUCCAGCUUCUGAUUUCUUGGGAGACUAUGUUCCCGAGAAUUAUCUGCACUUUUUGAGUUACAGGUUGUGGGAUUCUCACGGUGAAAGGAAUGGGAUUCUUAAUCUUUCCGUUAGGGUUAAGAGUUCGUCGAGUGUCAAGAAUGCGUAUGGCGGCGGUGGCAGCAGCCACUCCGCUGGUUGCUCGCGUCCCUGGUCUAGGAUUGCCGUGGGUGGUCAGCAGGUUUCCAACGGCGAAGGAGUCGUAACUGGUAUUCCAGUUUGGUCAUAGAGUCAAAUAAGGGUGAUUUUCCUUUUUUUUCCAAUUUUUUUUCCCCCUGGCAUGGGUUGGACUGACAAAGUGUACAUAAUUGGUUAAGUGUGACUUAACAUUUUAAUCUCUUCCAGAGUUUGAUACUUCUCUUUUGAAAAUUCAAAAUAGUUACCUGCAAUGUUUGUGGAGUGGAGUUUGCCACUUCCAGAAUGAAGACAAGGUUUCAAUGAUGCUCAGUCCAUCCAAAUUGAGUAUGUUUUGUUAGGUUUGAGCAUGAGUUGGGAGAUUAAGUAUGAAUAUACUCAAUUAAUAA